CUGCGGGGAGUCGCCGCGUCCGCAGCCGAGAGCGACAGACGCGCACGCGCCGCCAGGGAGCCCACGAAGAUGUUCGUCAAGUCCGAGACCUUGGAGUUGAAGGAGGAAGAGGAAGUGCUGGUGCUGCUGGGCUCGGCCUCCCCGGCCUCCGCGGCCCUAACUCCGCUGUCGUCCAGCGCCGACGAGGAGGAAGAGGAGGAGCUGGGCGCGUCGGGAGGGCCCCGGCGGCAGCGUGGGGCCGAAGCCGGGCCGCGCUCACGGGGCGGCUCAGGGGCGCCGGCUGAGGGCUGCCGGCCCGCGCGGCUGCUGGGGCUGGUGCACGAAUGCAAGAGGCGCCCCUCUAGGGCGCGCGCCGUUUCGCGCGGCGCCAAGACGGCGGAGACCGUGCAGCGCAUCAAGAAGACGCGCAGACUGAAGGCCAACAACCGCGAGCGCAACCGCAUGCACAACCUGAACGCCGCCCUGGACGCGCUGCGGGAGGUGCUCCCCACGUUCCCGGAGGACGCCAAGCUCACCAAGAUCGAGACCCUGCGCUUCGCCCACAACUACAUCUGGGCGCUCACCGAGACCCUGCGCCUGGCUGACCACUGCGGCGGCGGCGGCGGCGGCCUGCCGGGGGCGCUGUUCACCGAGGCGGUGCUGCUGAGCCCGGGAGGCGCGAGCGCCGCCCAGAGCAGCAGCGGAGAGAGCCCGUCGCCCGCCUCCACGUGGAGCUGCACCGACAGCCCCGCGCCGUCCUCCUCCGCGUCCUCCCACUCCACCUCCCCCUAUAGCUGCACUUUAUCGCCCGCAAGCCCGGCGGGUUCAGACAUGGACUACUGGCAGCCCCCACCUACCGACAAGCUGCGCUACGCACCUCACCUCCCCUUAGUCAGGGACUGCAUCUAAGCCGCCUUUCGGCCGCUCACCCCCACACCUCAGUGGGUUACCUUUCCCGUCCCCCGCCGAGCCCCUCUUCCCCACUCCCGCCCGCCCCCACUUUCCACGCCCUGGAAACUAUCUGGCGUCCCAGAGGAGCAGUAGCCGCUUGGAAUCCCCUGGCUGCUGCAUUUCUGGCUAAGGGUUCCUCCGUGCGCUUGGGUUUGGUAUAUUGAAGCAGUGAUGAUGGAGUUUGUGAAAGAGGAUGGUGGAGUUGAGGUCGGGAGGGGGUGGGGGGCCGCGCGCGCUUCUUUAAGCUUGUAACAGAUGCU